AAAUCGAUGAAAUGUGUUUGCAUGUUCUUCUCGGCGAGUGGGGAUGUAGGUGGGAUUGCGAGAAUCGAAAAGGUUGGAGAUCCCACACGCUCAGCUUCCGAGAAAGUACGUUUUACAACCAUUUCUUAUUAUAUUUCCCGCUUGUUCUAUACAGGCGAGGACUAUAUUAAUUUAAUUGGUUUAGUGUAAGGUUUUUUCCCUUUAUUUUUUUACAUCAAGCUCUACGGUAAGCUUGGAGACGGACGGCUUGGACAGUGGGAGCCCUCCCCUCCACUCGGAACCGCUUUGUUUUGUAGGUUGCCAGUGAAAGGAUGCGGAUGAGGGCUGAGGUUUAGAACGAGAGCCAGGGCUCUAGGGCCUGCCUGUGAUUGGCUGGCCGAUUCGUCCGCAGCGGGGAGGUGCCACCUCACCUGGGCUCAGAGCAGACUGUGAGAACCUAUCGGCUCCCCCUCCUCUGCUCGCCCCCUGUCCCCCCUCCCGCCCCGCCCCCCCCCCCAGCCCUGCACGCACUGGACCAUGUCUAGCGGACGGUCGGAGGGAAGCCGAGACCGGACAGCCGAGGCCCUGGAGCGGAACAGCUGCACGGAGGAUGUCCCUGUCGUCGAGCGCAGGAACCGCAGUGGCAUCAUCAGUGAGCCCCUGAGUAAGAGCCUUAAGAGGUCCCGCACCCUCUCCCAGUACACAGCUGCCUGCCCCACCAACACUAAUGGACACGCACACCACAACGGAGAGGCCAAGAGCCACCCGGCCAAGCCCCAGCCGCCCCCACAGCCCCAGCCCACCGUCUCAGCGCUGGCGGCAGCCAAGCUGGACCGGACCCUGGAGCAGGUCUUGGAGGGACAGAACGGCCUGCUGCACUUUGCCCAGGCGGCGGAGCUGCUAAAGAGGGCUGGGAUGGAGCACAUGCUGCUGCCGGGGGGGAUGGGGAUGGGGAUGGGGGGUAGUGAUUCAGGCUCAGGGACAAGCGACUUGGAGGGUGCGUCUGCUGUGGACUCUGUUGGCGGUGUUGCGGACUUCCCGUACGGUGUUGGAGGCGGCUUCCCGUUCAACCCGGGGCUGUUCAUCAUGACACCGGCAGGAGUGUUCUUGGCCGACAGCGCGCUGCACAUGGCCGGCCUGGCCGAGUACCCGGCGCAGAGCGAGCUGGCCUCGGCCAUCAACUCCGGCAAAAAGAAGCGGAAACGCUGCGGCAUGUGCCCGCCCUGCCGCCGGCGGAUUAACUGCGAGACGUGCAGCAGCUGCCGGAACCGCAAAACGGGCCACCAGAUCUGCAAGUUCCGCAAAUGUGAGGAGCUGAAAAAGAAACCGUCUGCCGCUCUGGAGGUGAUGCUUCCCACAGGAGCAGCAUUCCGAUGGUUCCAGUAAGACUCUGACCCUCCUCCACCCUUACCCCCUUACCCCCUUACCUACCCAAACCCAAAGCUCUGCGAUCAAGUGCAAUGCCAACUCUCGCUUGGAUUGUCUCGGCACGGACACUGGCUGACAAGCAAACAAACAACAAAAAUAUACAAAAGAACUCAACAGAAAUUAUACAAAAAAAAAGAGUAAAUGCACCUGCUUAUUCCUUGAACCAAAAAUUGAACAUAAAGAAAAAUAUCUAUUGGCAACUUUCAUUCCCUUUUCUAUGUUUUCCAUUUUGGUACCUUUUGUCCUUUCUCCAGCAGGUUUUUUCUGUCUCUCAGACAUGGAACUGUUCGUUGCCAAACAGAAAUGACGGACUGAGUGUGGACAAUCAACUCAUUUGUGUGUUUGGUGUUAAUGUUGUUCACGUGUGGAAAGAUACAGUACUCGUGUAGAGAAUGUACAUUUACGGCUAUAUUUUCAAACUAGUGGCUAACGGCAGGCACUAUUGUAAUUUUAGCACCAUUGUUCUUAAACUUAAAGCCUUGUCUAUUUGAUGAUUUGUUUUUUGUUUUACGAAUAUUGUUUUGAAAACGGAUCACUGGUUGUCUUGUAAAAGAACACGGAGAUAUUUCAAAAAUGUACAAAUACUUAUCGAAAUGAAAUAGCAACUGUUAUCCCAUCGGGCAGAAGUCCAGUUACAUUUACAUCUUUAGCAGGAUGAUGCUAUCCUCCAGAGAACUGGAAUCUCCCCAACCAACAAACCAACAAACCAACAAAGCAACCAACCAACCAACCGUGUUUUCCACGCCUGUAUUUCCAAGCUUUUUAUUUUGUGAAACUGGCAGCCUUACGUUCCUGUGGCCCAAACUAGUGUGUGUCAUGAGGAUCCCAACGCAGAGGGCGACAGCACUAGGAGACAGCACUUCCAUUUGGAAUAGCACAGAGGGUGACAGCACUAGGAGACAGCACUUCCAUUUGGGAUAGCUUAGCUCUGGGUCUACCCAUUUGAACGCACUGAAAAAAGAUUUCUUUGUUUUUUUCUUCUUUGUUUUUGGGGGGAUUAUGUUGCUGGUAGCUACAUCUUUUAAAACAACAGCGAUGUUUGUAUUCAUUUAGAAAAUUGGACUGGUUUUGUGAAUAAAAACGAAUGCAUGUCUUUGUGUCAAAAUUUACAGUUCUGAUGUUUGUUUACUUGUCUUUGCAUGUUUUUUUUCUAAAACAAUGACGGAAUUUAGAAAAUUCUGAAGUAUGAAAAUGUCCAGUAAUAUUAAACAUUUGUUCCCUUUUCAUAUCAUUGGAUAUAAUAAUAAAAAAUGGAUGGGGUGGGAAGUACAACUCAUUAAAGCAGAAUCAGGAAAUGGUGAGUUUCA